CACUCCCCGCGCUCCUCCGCUGCCGCCUCCCGCACUUCCCCGCACGUGGCACCGCCAUGGGCCGCCUGGUGCUGCAGGAUGGCUCCGUGCUGCGCGGCCGCGCCUUCGGGGCUACGGGCACGGCCGUCAGCGGGGAAGUGGUGUUCCAGACGGGAGUCGUGGGGUAUCCCGAGGCGCUCACCGAUCCCUCGUACGCGGCGCAGAUCCUGGUGCUCACCUACCCGCUGAUGGGCAACUACGGCGUGCCCCGGGAGCGGCCGGGACCCUUCGGGCUCGGCACGUGGUUCGAGUCCACCAAGAUCCACGUGGCUGCGCUGGUAGUGGGCGAAUGCUCGGAGACCCCCAGCCACUGGAGCGCUGCCCAAUCCCUCGACCAAUGGCUCAAGGAGCACAACGUCCCCGGGCUGGAAGGCGUGGACACCCGUGCCCUCACCAAGAAGAUCCGUGAGAAGGGCACACUGCUGGGGAAGCUGCUGCCAGAUGAAGCCCCAGAGGAGAGCAUCCUCUUCCAGGACCCAAAUGAGCGGCACCUGGUGCAGGAGGUGUCCCUGAAGGAGCCGCGUGUCUUUAACCCCACUGGAUCCCUGCGCAUCACCGCUGUGGACUGUGGCCUGAAGCACAACCAAGUGCGGUGCCUCUGUGAGCGGGGGGCUGCCGUCACCGUGGUGCCAUGGGACCAUCCGCUGGACCCUGCCGACUUCGAUGGGCUCUUCCUCAGCAAUGGCCCCGGGGACCCACGGCAGUGUCAGCAGACAGUGGCCAACCUGCGUGCCGUGCUGGCGGCUGACCGCCCCAAGCCCAUCUUUGGGGUGUGCCUGGGCCACCAGCUGCUGGCCCUGGCCUUGGGCGCCCGCACCUACAAGAUGAAGUAUGGGAACCGUGGGCACAACCAGCCGUGUGUGCACGAGGACACGCAGCGCUGCUUCAUCACAGCACAGAACCACGGCUUUGCGGUGGAGGCAGGCAGUCUGCCUCCUGGCUGGGCACCGCUCUUCACCAAUGCCAACGAUGGCUCCAACGAGGGGCUGGUGCACGAGCACAAACCCUUCUUCAGUGUGCAGUUCCACCCCGAGCACCGUGCUGGCCCCACAGACCUGGAGGGGCUUUUUGAUGUCUUUGUGGAGGCGGUGCGGGACCUGCAGAGAGGAGACAACGACAAAACAGUGCGACAGCGCCUGCGGGAUCUCCUGGUGUACAACGAGGUGCCGGCAGCAGGGCAGGAGGCAGCACGACCCCGCAAGGUGCUGAUCCUGGGCUCCGGUGGACUCUCCAUCGGACAGGCAGGCGAAUUUGACUACUCAGGGUCACAGGCCAUCAAAGCGCUUAAAGAGGAGAACAUUCAAACGGUGCUCAUCAACCCCAACAUCGCCACGGUGCAGACCUCCAAAGGGCUGGCAGACAAGGUGUACUUCCUGCCCAUCACCCCUGAGUAUGUCACCCAGGUGAUCCGCAACGAGCGCCCCGACGGCGUGCUGCUGACCUUCGGUGGGCAGACAGCCCUCAACUGUGGCGUGGAGCUGACCAAGGGCGGCGUGCUGCAGCGCUACCGCGUGCGUGUGCUGGGCACUCCUGUCACUUCCAUUGAGAUGACGGAGGACCGCAAGGUCUUCGUGGAGAAGAUGGAGGAAAUCGGCGAGCAUGUGGCGCCCAGCGAGGCCGCUGCUUCCCUGGAGCAGGCGCAAGCGGCGGCUGAGCGGUUGGGGUACCCGGUGCUGGUGCGCUCGGCGUACGCCCUGGGAGGCCUGGGCUCCGGCUUCGCCUCCAGCCGGGAGGAGCUGGCAGCCCUGGUGAGCCAGGCCUUCACCCACACCUCCCAGGUGCUGGUGGACAAGUCGCUGAAGGGCUGGAAGGAGAUUGAGUACGAGGUGGUGCGCGACGCCUACAACAACUGCGUCACGGUGUGCAACAUGGAGAACCUGGACCCGCUGGGCAUCCACACGGGUGAGUCCAUCGUGGUGGCACCCAGCCAGACUCUCAACGACACCGAGUACUUCAUGCUGCGCCACACCGCCAUCAAGGUGGUGCAGCACCUGGGCAUCGUGGGCGAGUGCAACAUCCAGUUCGCCCUGAACCCUGAGUCAGAGCAGUACUACAUCAUUGAGGUGAACGCGAGGCUCUCCCGCAGCUCAGCACUGGCCAGCAAGGCCACAGGCUACCCGCUGGCCUAUGUUGCAGCCAAGCUGGCGCUGGGCAUCCCGCUGCCUGUCCUCAGGAACUCUGUCACCAACUCCACCACCGCCAACUUCGAGCCCAGCCUGGACUACUGUGUGGUGAAGAUCCCGCGCUGGGACCUCAGCAAGUUCCUGCGUGUCAGCACCAAGAUCGGCAGCUCCAUGAAGAGCGUGGGGGAGGUGAUGGCCAUCGGCAGGAACUUCGAGGAGGCCUUCCAGAAGGCGCUGCGGAUGGUGGAUGAGAACUGCGUGGGCUUUGACCACACGGUGAAGCCGGCGUCAGACGUGGAGCUGGAGACUCCGACAGACAAGCGCAUCUUCGUGCUGGCGGCCGCGCUGCGCGCUGGGUAUUCCAUCGAGCGCCUCUAUGAACUGACCAAGAUCGACCGCUGGUUCCUGCACAAGAUGAAGAACAUCACCGACCACGCGGCGCGGCUGGAGGCGUUCCGCGGCGAGCAGAGCGCCAUGCCGCCUGCUGUUCUGCGCCGCGCCAAGCAGCUCGGCUUCUCUGACAAGCAGGUGGCCCUGGCUGUGCUCAGCACUGAGCUGGCCGUGCGGAAGAUGCGGCGUGACCUGGGCAUCCUGCCGGUGGUGAAGCAGAUCGACACGGUGGCGGCCGAGUGGCCGGCACAGACCAACUACCUCUACCUGACCUACAACGGUGCUGAACACGACCUGCCUUUCCGCCAGCCCCACGUUAUGGUCAUCGGCUCUGGCGUUUACCGCAUCGGCAGCUCCGUCGAGUUCGACUGGUGCGCUGUCGGCUGCAUCCAGGAGCUGCGCAAGAUGGGCUUCAAGACCAUUAUGGUGAAUUACAACCCUGAAACUGUGAGCACUGACUAUGACAUGUGUGACCGCCUCUACUUUGACGAGAUCUCCUUUGAGGUGGUGAUGGACAUCUACGAACUGGAGAAUCCCGAGGGUGUCAUCCUGUCGAUGGGUGGCCAGCUGCCCAACAACAUCGCCAUGGCGCUGCACCGGCAGCAGUGCCGCAUCCUGGGCACCUCCCCCGAGGCCAUUGACUCAGCCGAGAAUCGCUUCAAGUUCUCGCGCCUGCUGGACACCAUUGGCAUCAGCCAGCCGCUCUGGAAGGAGCUCUCUGACAUGGAGUCGGCCAAGCACUUCUGCUGCACGGUGGGCUACCCCUGCGUGGUGCGACCCUCCUACGUGCUGAGCGGCGCUGCCAUGAAUGUUGCCUACUCGGACAGUGACCUGGAGAAGUUCCUUAGCAAUGCCGUGGCCGUGUCCAAGGAGCAGCCCGUUGUCAUCUCCAAGUUCAUUCAGGAGGCCAAGGAGAUCGACGUGGAUGCGGUGGCCUGUGAUGGCGUGGUGGUGGCCAUUGCCAUCUCUGAGCACGUAGAGAAUGCUGGAGUGCACUCGGGCGAUGCCACGCUGGUGACCCCCCCACAAGACAUCACGCCCAAGACGUUGGAGCGCAUCAAGGCCAUCGUGCAUGCUAUUGGGCAGGAGCUGCAGGUCACCGGGCCCUUCAACCUGCAGCUUAUCGCCAAGGAUGACCAGCUGAAGGUGAUUGAGUGCAAUGUGCGUGUGUCACGCUCCUUCCCUUUCGUCUCCAAGACGCUGGGAGUGGACCUGGUGGCCCUGGCCAGCCAGGUGAUCAUGGGUGAGGAUGUGCAGCCCGUAGGGCUGAUGACGGGCACGGGCAUCGUCGGUGUCAAGGUGCCGCAGUUCUCCUUCUCACGCCUGGCGGGUGCUGAUGUGGUGCUGGGUGUGGAGAUGACGAGCACGGGUGAGGUGGCCUGCUUCGGAGAGAACCGCUGCGAGGCGUACCUCAAGGCCAUGCUCAGCACCGGUUUCAAGAUCCCCAAGAAGAACAUCCUGCUCACCAUCGGCAGCUACAAGAACAAGAGCGAGCUGCUGCCCACCGUGCGGACCCUGGAGAGCCUUGGCUACAAUCUGUAUGCUAGCCUUGGCACUGCUGACUUCUACACUGAGCAUGGCAUCAAGGUGAUGGCAGUGGAUUGGCACUUCGAGGAGGCAGACAACACUGAAGCGGGUGCCCGUGAGACACAGCGCAGCAUCCUGGACUACCUGGCAGAGAACCACUUUGAGAUGGUCAUCAACCUCUCCAUGCGUAACUCUGGGGGUCGCCGGCUCUCCUCCUUUGUCACCAAGGGUUACCGUACGCGGCGCCUGGCUGUUGACUACUCCGUGCCACUCAUCAUUGACAUCAAAUGCACCAAACUCUUCGUAGAGGCACUGGGCCAGAUUGGAGCUGCCCCGCCGCUCAAAAUGCACGUGGACUGCAUGACAUCCCAGAAACUGAUCCGCCUGCCAGGGCUGAUCGAUGUCCAUGUGCACCUGCGUGAGCCGGGUGCCACACACAAGGAGGACUUCUCCUCGGGCACUGCAGCUGCCCUGGCCGGGGGCAUCACCAUGGUGUGUGCCAUGCCCAACACCAGCCCCGCCAUCACCGACGCCACCUCCUUCGCCCUGGCACAGAAGCUGGCUGAGGCCGGGGCGCGCUGUGACUUCGCCCUGUUCCUGGGUGCAUCGGCGGAGAACGCGGGCUCACUGGGUGCGCUGGCUGCAGCAGCAGCAGGGCUGAAGCUGUACCUCAACGACACCUUCUCCAGCCUGCGCAUGGAUGAUGUGUCGCUGUGGAUGGAGCACUUCCAGCAGUGGCCACGGCAUUUGCCCAUCGUGGCCCACGCGGAGGGGCAGACGGUGGCUGCUGUCCUGAUGGUGGCACAGCUGCACCAGCGCCCCGUGCACAUCUGCCACGUGGCACGCAGGGAGGAGAUCCUCCUCAUCAAGGCAGCCAAGCAGAAGGGGAUCCCGGUGACGUGCGAGGUGGCCCCACACCACCUCUUCCUGUGCCAAGAUGACCUGGGGCGCCUCGGGGAGGGCUGUGGUGCUGUACGCCCAGCACUGGGCACCUCCCAGGACCUGGAGGCCCUCUGGGAGAACAUGGACACCAUCGACUGCUUUGCCACUGACCACGCUCCCCACACACUGGAGGAGAAGCAGGGCCCCAAGCCACCCCCUGGCUUCCCUGGGCUGGAGACCAUGCUGCCUCUGCUGCUGACUGCUGUCUCUGAGGGACGGCUGACGGUGGAGGAUAUCAUCCUGCGCCUCUACGAGAACCCCCGCAAGAUCUUUGGGCUGCCGGCGCAGGAGGACACCUAUGUGGAGGUGGACUUGGAGCAAGAGUGGGUCAUCCCUGAGCGCACUGCAUUCUCCAAGGCACAAUGGACACCUUUUGAGGGCAGGAAUGUGAAGGGGACAGUGCGCAGGGUGGUUCUGCGCGGGGAGGUCGCCUACAUUGAUGGGCAGGUCCUGGUGCCCCCCGGCUACGGGCAGGACGUGAGGAAGUGGCCCAUGGGAGCUGUGCUGGCACCGCUUGUGCCCCCCACCAAGGAGAUUGUGAAGACCCCCGAGCGGCCCCGGCACGCAGCGGUGGGUGAGACGCUGCGCAGCCGAGCCUCCAGCCCACGCCGCGCCGGCCCCGUGCCCGAGGGCCGCUUCCACCUCCCGCCCCGCAUCCACCGCGCCUCUGACCCUGGUCUGCCAGCGUUCCAGAGGCUGGGAGCCGCGCACCGCCCGGGCGCCCGAGGCACCGCUGAGGACACACGGGAGAAAGCUGGCAGGAGGAUGGCAGAGGCAGGUGAGUACCGGAGGCUGGGAGCUCUGCAUGCUUCCCAUGUAGGUUCACUGUGUGCUCCUGGUACCACAGAUGCAACGGCCACUCAGGACAGCCACCCUCACCUGUCGGGCCCCUUCCCACGCCAGGCAUCCCCCCAAGGUGUGCCCCACUUCCCCACCUCACCGCUGCUGCACCCCCUGGUCGGGCAGCACAUCCUCUCUGUGCGGCAGUUCUCCAAGGAGCAGAUGUCACAUCUGUUCAACGUGGCACACACCCUGCGCAUGCUGGUGCAGAAGGAGCGCAGUUUGGACAUCCUCAAGGGCAAAGUGAUGGCAUCGAUGUUCUACGAGGCGAGCACACGCACCAGCAGCUCCUUUGCGGCCGCCAUGUGCCGGCUGGGUGGCUCUGUGGUGUCAUUCUCCGAGGCCACCUCCUCAGUGCAGAAGGGCGAGUCGCUAGCCGACUCUGUGCAGACCAUGUGCUGCUACGCCGACGUCCUGGUGCUGCGGCACCCCCAGCCUGGAGCUGUGGAGCUGGCCGCCACACACUGCCGCAAGCCUGUGAUUAACGCUGGUGAUGGGGUGGGCGAGCACCCGACGCAGGCGCUGCUGGACAUCUUCACCAUCCGUGAGGAGCUGGGGACCGUCAACGGCAUGACGAUCACCAUGGUGGGCGACCUGAAGCACGGGCGCACGGUGCACUCGCUGGCCCGCCUGCUCACGCAGUACCGUGUCCACCUGCGCUACGUCACGCCCCGCGGCCUCGGCAUGCCACCUGACAUCGCUGCCUUCGUGGCUUCCAAGGGCAUCUCGCAGGAGGAGUUUGGGAGCAUUGAGGAGGCGCUGCCCGACACCGACGUGCUCUACAUGACCCGCAUCCAGCGGGAGCGCUUCGAGAGUGCUGAGGAGUACGAGGCUUGCUUUGGGCAGUUCAUCCUCACGCCGCACAUCAUGACGAGGGCCAAGGAGAAGAUGGUGGUGAUGCACCCCAUGCCCCGUGUCAACGAGAUCAGCGUGGAGGUGGACUCGGACCCGCGCGCCGCGUACUUCCGGCAGGCAGAGCAGGGCAUGUACGUGCGGAUGGCGCUGCUGGCCACCGUGCUGGGCCGCUACUGACGACAAUAAACUGCGACGGGGCGCCGCCUCCAUUCAGCCGC